UUCAUCCGGUUAUCGAGACCCUGAAACGAAUUUCUCUUUCCGGGACUGCUCAAGCUGUGGAGUACGGACUUGUCUUCCCAAUGCAUGGCCCCAGCUGGCUGGGAGCUGUGCUCUUUCUUGGGGUACAGCUCCGAGCACUGCGGCCUGCGGCAGCCGUGCAAGUUCACACUUCCAAGGAGGUGGAUGCUGUGAACGGCACUAACCUGCGGUUAAAAUGCACCUUUUCCAGCAGCAGCCCUAUUAGCCAGCACCUCUCAGUGACCUGGAACUUCCAGCCCGAGGACCUGAGCUCUCAUGAGCCAGUAUUUUAUUACCUGAAGGAGCCCUACAAGCUGUCUGCUGGACGGUUCAAAGAGCGAGUCACCUGGGAUGGGAAUAUUGAGCGCAAUGAUGUUUCCAUCAUUAUCUGGAAUUUGCAGCCCACUGACAACGGGACAUUCACCUGCCAGGUGAAGAACCCACCAGAUGUUGAUGGCACAAUUGGUGAAGUGCGACUCAGAGUUGUGGAGAAAGUGCAUUUCUCAGAAAUCCACUUCCUGGCAGUGGCUAUUGGGUCUGCUUGUGUUCUGAUGAUCAUUGUGGUGACAGUUGUGAUUAUCUGUCGACAUCAUCGGAAGAAAGCGCAAGAGAAGAGGAUCGAGGUGGCAGACACUGAACUUAGAGAAAAGGAGAAUCUGAAGAUUGGAGAAGAAAAGGAAGCCAGUCCAUUAGAAGACUAGAGGUCUUUGAUGGUAUAUACAAUACAGGUACUUCUAAAGCAGAUGGUGAAAGCUUGUAAUUUUGGAUGUUAGAACAAAGCUGAAUUACAGAUGCAUCAUGCUGCGAGUGUGGUAUCCCUGCUCAACCUGAAAUUCUUGCAAGGAAAGAGAAUGACAUUAACAUAAGUUGUAUAUUUCCUUUGUUGAAGCAAAGGAGGAGGAACUUGCCCCAUGAACAAGGACCUUUCCUUAAUCUUCGCACCUGCAGAAUGUGAAGCAAGCUGCUCUGAAGAUUGAAAAAAUGCCGAAAGAUUUGAACAAAAUGCCAAGAUACCUGGCUGGACAGAGGUUUUUAAAGUGUCUGAGCAGACACACUCUUGCACCUUAAAAAUCACCAGGUGCAUUUAUGUUGCCUUAUUUUUCCUCCCUCAAAAUCAAAAUCCUCUCUGAUGUCACUAAAAUGAGGACUGACUGCAUGAGGGAUCAGAGCAGCAGCUAGUUGCUACGACGUACUUUAAAUCUCUUUGCUACUUUAAAUGGGAAGUAUUACAGUUUGGGAAUGUAUGUUGUUUCUUAUUAGGGAUAAUGUUUACCAGUGAGUGUGUUUUUCAUAUUGAUCUCUUGCAGCCUCAGUAGGCUUUGUAACUACGGUAGCCGAAGACACUGCCUUCUGCUGUGCAGCACGUGGCCAGGCACGUCGGCAGCUCCCCUCCUUUUACCACUCUCGCUCUGCGGUACGUCCCAAUGCUGACCUCCUUUCCCCUCGGCUUUCCAGCCCCGCUCCCUCCCUUCCCUCCAAGGGACCAUGCCACUGCCAGGCGGGACGCUUCUUUCCGCAGUUCAGCGGCCUUACACCCACCAUUGCAGGUGCCCUGAAACUUUGGCUGGCAGCAGCUGCUGGGUUCAAGCUCAGAGACUGCCCUGAGCAAGCGAUGCUCUGGUGGUGUGCUGUCCCACCACCGUCUGGUGUGGUAGCAUCACUCAACGGCUUCUAGCACGGUUCAGACUUCCAACAACAACGCCAGUAUCCUGCUUUCUCUGGGUGCUGUUUAUUGCCCAGGUGAUCACCAGCGUGUACGUCCAUAGACUUAGUCUCUCUAAGGCAAACAAGCUCAACAUGACCCAGCAAUGCGUGCUCACAGCCCAGAAAGCUCCCCUCUGGGGAGACCCCACCUGGAGUACUGCGUCCAACUCUGGGGUCCCCAGGACAAGACAGACAUGGACCUGUUGGAGCAAUUCCAGAGGAGGCCACGAAGAUGAUCCGAGGGCUGGAGCACCUCUGCUGUGGAGACAGGCUGAGAGGGUUGGGGUUGUUCAGCCUGGAGAAGGGGAGACCUUAGAGCCUCCUUCCAGUCCCUGAAGGGGCUCCAGGAAAGCUGCCAAGGGACUGGUGACAAGGGCAGGGAGUGACAGGACAAGGGGGGAUGGCCUGAAGCUGCAGGAGGGGAGAUUUAGAUUAGAUAUUAGGAAGAAAUUCUUCCCUGUGAGGGUGCUGAGGCCCUGGCACAGGUUGCCCAGAGAAGCUGUGGCUGCCCCUGGCUCCCUGGCAGUGUUCAAGGCCAGGCUGGAUGGGGCUUUGGGCAACCUGGGCUAGUGGAGGGUGUCCCUGCCCGUGGCAGGGGGUUGCAACUAGAUGGUCUUUAAGGUCCCUCCUAAACCAAACCGUUAUGUGAUUCUCUGAAAUAAAUGAUUGAAACCAUAGAGCUGUUACAGUAUUUAACCAGCACCAAAUCAAAACAUCAGCCUGUUUGUUCAAAGAGUAUCUUUAUGACUUUAUAACUCUACCUGUAAUGUGCUGGGCACAUUAUCUGUUUGUAUAUUUUCGUUUUCAAUCAUGUGUGUCAUAAAUAAACACGCCUUGUGGACAGCA